ACGGCAGCAUGAAGGCGGUGGCCGCCCUCCUCCUGGUGGGGAUGCUCAUCCUCUGGGCAGAGCUGCCCACAGGCAGCGCCUGGUCCUGUCCCCCCGUGCGCUUCACCUGCGCCCUGCACAACCCGCGGAACCAGUGCCUGCUCGACAGACACUGCCCCCGUGGCAGGAGGUGCUGCCGCACCUUCUGCGGCAAGAAAUGCAUCACCAGGCCGUCCGGCACCAUCCACGUGUCCCAAGUGUGAGCUCCCGCUUCCAGGACAGGCUGAGGGUCAUCUCAGCAUUCCCACCUCAGCUCCAGGAUCACUGUGUGACUGCUGCUGCACAGUGCUCUAUGCUGCCCGCUUCCCUUCUCCCUCUGCUUCUUCACCUCCCUUCUAACAAAUAAAACAGGCUUUUCAC